GGCCUAACGUAAAUAAACCCAAAUUUGAGUGCAGCUGGGCGCCAUGAGUGAUGUUUUUCGCCUUUUUCACGUGAUUCCCGCCUCCCACGCGUCCCCGGCGGCAUGAGCUGCAAGAAGUCCAUCUCGGGGCCGUACAGAGCCACGAAACUGUGGAACGAUGCCGUGCGGUCCUUCUACAAUGGCAUGCCGGUGUCACGUCACUGGCGGGGGCUGCGGCAGUACGAGCGCUGCUUCACGGCCUCAGAGGCGGUGGACUGGCUGCACCAACACCUCCAGAGCAACCCAAACUUCAGCCGCUCCGUGUCCCGGGACCAGACCAUUAAGCUGCUCAGGAAAUUUGUGAAGGCUGGGCUGCUGGAGGAUGUGCGAGGGGUGACCACACGGCCCGAGGACUUUAGGGAGGGCAGGGACUUAUACAGGUUCAGCAGCCGGUCACCCCUGAAGGCCCUGCGCACGCCUGGCCGUACAGCCCUAGCCGCCCUUGACCCCAACACCCCCCAGGCAGACUUAGGUGGCUCACCGCUCCUCAGGCGUUACCGCAGCUCACUCAGACAGUCUGUCAGAUGCAAACGAGGUGUUGACCGUGAUGCCUCUCCCAACACCGACGCCCCAGCCCCCAAAGCCAGGCCCAGAAGAGCUGCAUCGCUACACCGGGGGGAGAACGCAGCCAAUGAACGUCGGGCCAAGGCAGACCAGGGGGACAGAGGUGGCAAGGACCAGGGCGGCAUGCAGGAGUGUCAUCUGGUGGCUCGUCCACCCACUGCCCAGGAGACCAACCAGGUGUGGAAGGAGGUCCUGCUCGACAAGCUAGAUGGCUUGUGUGAGCGUCUGGUGUUUGGCGGCGUUGAGACAGUGCUGGAGCCACAGUUGGUGUGUGGGGAGAGUGUGCGCCACAACAUGACGCAGCUGACGGCACGCGGCGUGGUGAAGGUGACGGACGGCCACCCGGAAGACCUCCCCAACUGGAUCCUGACAGCCAUGAAGUGUUUAGCCCAGUGGCCUAAUGUGGCUGACUCAAACUGCAACAUUCCCAAUUACCCCGGGGUGGAGCGAGACGUGUUCAAGAUCGUGCGCGACUUCUUCAUAAACAUGGCCGUGCCACUGAUUCCCUUUGAGCUGUACGAGCCACUCAUCCGCCUCUACAUCGGGGCGGAGUUUCUGGACAUCACCCACCGCUCCCACGCAGCCCCCGCCAGCACCUCCACCUCCACCACUGGCUCCUCCUCGCCGCCCUCCCCUCCCCUGCACCGGGCAUCCAGCGACACAGACUCCGUUGAAGACCUGAUCCUGAAUAUGAGUUUGAGUGGCCAGGCAACCUCCACGCCCCACGGGGAGGAGCGGACUCAAGGGGCGCCAAAGCAAGGGGUGGACGAGGGCACACAGACGCCCCACCUAGACACCAUGGUCGCCCCUGAGGCCUCCCGUCUGCUGCUGUCCCUCAAGCUGCGUCGCCUCAGGGACUACACAGACUUCAAGGAUGACAGUCUGUAUCCUGUCUCCCCUCUGUGCCAGGCAAGUGGAAGGAGGUCCUGUGACCCACCACAUGAUGCAGCACCCACAGCCCCACAGAAGGUGAAGAGUCCUGUCAGUUCCCCUCCUCAGCUCACUACAGCCCACCAGUCAUCCCACAAAACGCCUCCACAGCCCCAAGAUGUCUCUCGCCCCGUCAGCAGGCAGAGUGGAGCCAUAGAACGCCCGGCAAGCCGUGGGCCUGAUACAGUGCGGUCUGUCAAGACCAGCGACCAGGCCCGGCGGCUGAGGCAGGCCGGCGCCAACAGUCCCUGGGAGAACGUGGAGGUGAGGCCGGUUGAAGUGCUGGACAACCUGACUCUGCCCAACAACUGCUGCUUUGAGACUGCCUUCACCUCCGACAGCCCCAAGACCCGGAUCAUUCCCCAGAAGUCAGUGGACUCCCUCCACUUUGGACAUGGAGAACGGCAGCGGCCCCGCAGCCUGGCCGCCCCACCCUUCCAAGCCCCCCCUGGCCCCUGGGAUUCCAUUGUCAACUACUCCUCUGCCUCUGACCUGUUCCGCUCCAGCAUUGUCUCGUCUGCCAGCACAGAGUACAUCACGGCCCCGCUGGCCCCUCUGUCCCCCUUCAACCGAUCCUGCUCUGCUGGGAACCUGCAGUGCUAUGAAGCUGACCGCCUUAAUCCAGCCCCUGCUCCUGCCCCCGCCCCUGCCCCUGCACCUCUAGCACCCCCCAGGAGCCUGGCUUGCCGCAUCCGUGACUCCAUCAAGCGUAAACACCUGCGUGAUGACUCCCUCUCCCGGAAACGUGGCAGCCGGGGGAAGGUUGCUGCUGUGAAGCACCUCAGGACAGAGUCUGGGGGCUACCUCAACCUUGGUAUGCCUGGGCCAGCGCCGGAUGACACGGCCAGCACUGCGUCCUCUGAGGGCUCAGGAUCCUCUGCGGCCAGACUAGCUCACCUGCGUACCAAGUCUGGCGGCUUCCUCAAUCUGGCUCUUGCUCCCUCUGGGGACUCCACAGACACCCUGGACUCUGUGCCCUCAGCCCCCAUGAGUGCCUGCUCUGACCCUGGCCUGUUGGACCACCACCCUGCCCCUGCCCCUGCCCCCGCCCCUCGGCCCGUCUCCCGCCACAGGAUCCACACCCCAGAUGGAUGCCUGAGCCACAGCCUCCACUCCACAGCCUCUGGGAACAGUCUCUACCACUCGGCUCUCUCCCACACCAGCCGGGGCGGCACACCCACCUCCCUGGCCUCACACUCCAACCUGGCCUCCCCCGCCCUGCAGCCCGUCAGUGGCAUGGCCGGGAUAUACUCCGCCACUGUGAAAGGCACUGCUGCUCAGCCCCAGGCCUCCACAGACCCUCCAAUGAACAGUGACCUCCACAAGCACCUGUCCUCCUCGGCCAGCGAGCUGAGUGACAGGUGGGCUGACCGCACGCCCCUCAGUCAGGCACCGUUUUCCUUCAUGCGGGGCGGUGGGUCGCGCCUCUGCCUCUCCUCGCCAAGUAAGAGACGCAUCGGCCACAGGCGCGGGGCACGGGUGUUCUGGGGAAGCAAAGCAUGCGUGCCUGGGUUGUUGACGAGGGAGGGCAGGGAAGCAGCCACCACCUCGGCCCGCCUGCUGUUGCUGCUCAUUGCUCCAGUGCGUCGUCGAAAGCUCCACCUCCUUCUGCGGAUGAUGAGCAAGAUGGCCGUCAAUGAUUCCCUCACCCUCGACUCGGACACUUCCACGCGUGCCUUGGUUCUGAACACCUUCGCGCGCAGCAUCCUCCUGUGCGGGCGCGAGGCGGACCACGACGAGGUGCUGGCCCUGCGCGUGGUGGCCUUCCUCAUGGACACACACGAGGAGGUGAUGCGCCCGCCGGAGGACCUGUCCGUGCUGGCCCACCGACGCCUGGCUCUCCGGCACCGCAGCCAGGUGGUGUACCCGGCAGCGGCAGGGGAGCGCUCCGUCACCAUCACCUACUGCCGGCAGGUGUCCCCUUCUGAGUACCAGCGGCAGCGGCUCACUGGCUCGCAGCUCUUCCUGGCGCAGCUCCUCGACCAGCUUGUGGAGAACACCGGCAAGCUCUCGGCAAAGGACCGCAAGAGGAAGCUGAAGGAGUUCAAGUCACUCUACCCGGAGGUGUAUCGGAGCAGGUUCCCAGAGGAGGAGCCGCAGAAGGUUGAGGGGAAGAGCCGUAUGAAAAGCCUCAUCAAGCUGGCCUCCCUCACCUCCCUCGGACGCAGCCGCCAGUUGAAGAUCACAGACGGUCAGGGUGUGAAGGGGAAGAGCACCGUCAGCCCCAGCCAGUCGGGGUGUAACGAGAAGGGUUACCGGGAGUCACAGGCAAUGAGGAUCUAAGGGGAGGACUGCUUGGGGUGAAACUAGACAGGGGAUCAGAACUUAAGGGGGAGUCAGGAGCUGUUUAGGGUUUCCUGAAUGCUUUGUUUCCUCCUCUUAACCCUUGAGUUUUUUUUCACAUCAUUUUCAGUUGCUACGUUCAGUGUUCUGAGUCAUAUAUGUAGUGAUUGUCAGUUAAUUGUCAAAAACUGUUCUCUUUUCUGGUAUGGAUUUUAUGUUUUUGCUGAAUACUUUUAUAUUUUAAUUUUUCACAUAGAAUUUCACCUUUUAUCUUGUAGACUUUUAUAGUAAGUUAUAAUUCCCAGCAUCAUGUCUCCUCCAGGCUGUACACUUCCUUUUACCCUAUGAAUCAAAUUAGUCACCCCUUACUGAUUCUACCUUCCUCACAUAACCAUGAACUGGGAUUUUGUGUCAUAUAUUUCUUGCUGACUGGUAUUGGAGUGUUAUUGGUUCAGUUAGUCUUGUCCAGCUAGUGAGGUCAUUGCAGGCUGGCAGGUGCGUUCUGUCUGUCUGGCACGAUGGGUUGCUCACGCUGGGAUGUAACGAGUGCCAUGUGUUUUGAAGCAGUCAUGAGUGGAACGAGAGUGCCAUCUGGUGCCAAGUAGUGUGAUAAGCCAUUUAGAGGUAUUGUGUCAGCUGUGAUUGACUGUAUACAUCUCUUGAAUUUUAGGUGACAAAGGAAUUAUGAACAGGAAAUCUGCAUGUCUGAGUCCCAGAUUGUAUCAUUCACGAGCUUUUAUAUAUAACAUAAGACAUUGUCAUUGCACAUAUACAUAAGACAUUUUAUCUUCAUAUUCUGUCCUUAUUUAAAGUUCAUUAUGAGCUUUAUCAUAUCCUCUUACCCUGACAUUUGUAUGGAGAUGUUGUUGAUAAAGUUAGUGUUGGCAUCAAUAGUGUUGAUAUUAAUGGGGUUUGUGGUGUGGUGUAAUGUUAUGGCUAGACGGUGGCAAUGCUUGGGUCUCAGGCAGAUGAGGCAUUGGUGUUGGGAGCGCUAAAGGGAUAUAGCUUAAGGAUCAUUAUAGACUCCUACAGCAACACUUUCUUUAAGCAUCUCGCCCACUGCCAAGACCUACAAGGCAUCCUGUAUUUAUGUCUGUUCACUGUCACCAGUCUUUCAUCUUAAUGCACAGGACCCAACCACAAGUUCAAGCUUUAAUUCCCAUUUCAAACAGAACUGGGAAACAUAUGACUCUCUUGUUACUUUCAACAAGCAUUUUCUUCUUUCUAAUGUACAUUCUUUGAAAGACUCAUGAAACUAAAGACUGUCGGCAUGCACCGUCAUCUGUUUUAUGGACAGACUGCAAAUUUGUAUUAGAUGUACAAAUAUGCAUUCCUGGACCUUUAUGUGCCUUUCUAUACUACUCCAACAUGAGGACAGAUAACCUGAUUGAAAAUGUAGAUAGUAUUGUAAAUAUAAUGAUUCAUGCAUAGAUAUUUUCAUAUUUUAACAACUGCAAUGUGCAAUCUUGUCAGUGGUACAUUUGGUCAUAGAUAAUGACCCUUCAGCACCUCUUGAACACAAACCAAAAACUUACAAAUUGGCUUUGUAUAUUUUGUACAUCACUCAUCAGCUUUACUAACAGUGCAAGUUUUGUGAAGAGUUCCUAGUUGUUAAGCAGUACUUAAUGUGCCACCUCCUCACCGAAGCACAAGCAUCUCUGUGUUUGGACGCCUCUUCCUGGCUGACAGAUUCCAUAAUUUUUUAUUAUUUUUAUUAGUAUUCCUAGAGUGAAAAUGACAGGCUUUUAUUGAUUAUUAUUUUAGUGUAGUAUACUUUUAUACUUUUUUUUAAAUGUUUUAUUGUCAUUCUUUUAUAAAGAAUGUGACAGACUUAUUAUUAUUCAAUACUGAUACUGAUUGUUCUCUGAAGUGAGUGUGUGCUUGUGCAGAGGGAAUGCCAUAUACCAAGCUGUUGCAGAGUGUGUCACUGUAUAUGUUGUGACUGAGAUAGGUGAACAAAGUGUGUUCAUGCUUUAUGCAACAAAGUGUGUUCAUGCCUUAUGCAACAAAGUGUGUUCAUGCCUUAUGCUAAUUACCUGAUUGUAGUGAGCAUGUCUGAGGCUGAUUUCUGCAAGUUUGAUUGCUGACACUUCUUUAAGCUGUAUUUCAUUGGGAAGGUAAAGACAGGAGUGUGUGGAGUAUGUUCACUUUGCUUGGUGCUAAAGACGUGGUUUAACAGUAUUACUUGAAAUGGGUGUUUGGAGCCUUGCCAACAAUACAGUUUUGAUUUACA